GCUCAAUUUCCCAUAGGCAUCUAUCUCCAUACUCUGACAGACACACAAAAUUUGAGAGAAAAAAAACCAUCAUCACAAGAGAGUCACAUGAGAAUUGAAAUGGCCACAAAACAAGUUACUUCUAUGGUUCAUGUAGAUGAUGACUACAUUGACAUGGAACUAUGUUCCUCCCCAAACUUCUUCUCUUAUUCCCUUAGCUCUCCACCAUCCAACAGAGAGUUUGAAUUCCAAAUGAGUGAAAAAGAGUCAUCAACUUCUCCAGCUGAUGAUCUCUUCUACAAGGGAAAACUCCUUCCUCUUCACCUUCCCCCUCGUUUGCAAAUGGUUCAAAAGCUCGUAGAAAACUCCACCAAUGCCAACUUUGAGUACAUCAAAUCAGAUUCAGCUUUGGAACACAGAACCUUUCCCUUCACCACUGACCUUAGAGUGCCUUCAACAAAUGCCAACACCCCUUUUGAAUCCAACAUCUCUCCUUCAGAAUCACGCCGUGUGAGCAGUGAUGUGAGCCCAAAUGAAUACCAACUGGGGUGGUUUUCUGACAUGAACAAGUACAACCUUAUUGGUGAUCUUCCUAAGAAGUCUUGGCCCAAGAAACUGAAACAGAUGAAGCAGUUCUGGCUUGGUCAGAGACUCAAGGCCUCAAGGGCUUACCUGAAAACUUUAUUCAACAAAUCUGGUUGCUCAGACAAGUUCUGCGCCAGUGCUGCAGCAAGCAACAACAUUGGAGCGGAGAAGAAGUCAUCAAGGUGCAAAGAGUGUCAGAACAAGUACAUGAAGGUUGCAAGGAGAAACCCUUUUGAGAGUUUCUAUGAUGGCAAGCACCAGGUAACUUGUUCUAUCAUGAAGAGCAUCAAAAGAGAGAUGCUUGAAGUUGAAGAUGAUUUCUGUGACCACAGGAGGUCUUUCUCUGGGGUUGGUCAGCGACAUUGUUCCACAAAGGCUUCAUCUUUGUCCACAUCUUCAUCCGGGUCCUCUUCUUCGUCUUCAUCUUUUUCUUUCAGCUCAGCUGGGUACUAUGAUUUGCAACUUUUCAAGAGGAGCAUCAGCGCGAAUUAUGAGUUGGAAAGUUCAAUUGAGGGAGCCAUUGCUCAUUGCAAACAGUCUCUGCAGCAGUGUGGUUCAAAGAAUGGUUCGGAUGAUAGCAGGAUUUGUUCUUAAUUUGCUACCAAAAUGCAAUUGGUGGGAAUUAGUGAAUGGCCACACUAGCCAACACCAUAGUGUGUGUGGGUGUGUAGAGGGGUGAUAGUGUUGACUGUUGAAAAAACCUUGUAAGAGAAGAAAGAGGCAUUUUUAGUUGAAAUGCUGUAGCAUUUUGAUGGAGUUUACUGUUUAAAUUAAUAGCUUGGGUUUUCCAGCAUUAAUUUGUUAAAAAAAUAAGAUAAGAUUCUUCUGCUCUAGCUCUCUUUCUUGAACUGCUGUACAUGUUGCAUACUUUCCCAGGUGUAGAAGUAGAACUGAAUCCCUUAGCAGAUUCAUUAUUAUUA